AUGCUUCAGGAAUACCGUACAGCUCUGAUUGAGGAUGAGGAUUCAACACCCACAGGUCCAAGUGUUUUGCAGCAUUGGCGUCCCCCUGAUCUUGACAGCUAUAAGGUUAAUUUUGAUGCGGCUAUAUUCAGGUCAUCUAAUACAACUGGCAUAGGAGUGAUGGCUCGUGACUGUGCUGGGGAAGCAAUAGGAGCAUUGUCAAUGUCCAUUCCCUUGUCUCAAUCUGUAGCAGAUGUGGAAGCACUGGACUGUCGCAGAGCUGUACAAUUCGCAAGUGAAAUUGGUGUGAUUCGGGUUGUAUUUGAAGGUGAUUCAUUGGUGAUCAUCAAUGCACUUACCACUGAAUCGGGGGAAUUGGCCACCUAUGGUGCUGUUCUAGAUGACAUUCGUGUACUAGUUUUGGGCUUCUAG